CUGGCUGAGGCUGUGCCGCGUGCGCUGAGCAGCAAACCAACCCCAAGGCAUCCUGGGAGGCCUGAAGGCCUGAAGUGACCAGUGACCAGUGACCAGCACAGGAGCAUUCACCUGAGGGGAGGCGCUCAGGUCUGAGAGAAUCUACUAUUUAUGGCUGCCCCACCAUCUUCCAACUGUGAUGAACAUUUCAGUGUGGAGAAAUUAAAGGAAUGGCCAGAGCCAGAGUCUGUUUCUUUAAUGGAGGUAUUAGCUAGAGAAGACAUUGAUGAAGCUGUACAUGCAAUAUUAUUUAGAGAAAACCAUAUCGUAAAGAGAUUGGAUACAUAUUUUCAGAAUCUAGAUGCUUAUAAGGAAAGAAGAAAAGAGAUGUUACAUAAAAAAUGGGUUGAAAAUGUGUCACAGCCUACUCAGCAGAGAAUUAUAGAAGUAAUGUCAUACAGAAGACCUGGAAAAAGUCAAGUGAAAUGUGAAUACUGUUUAAAGUACACAAAUAAACCGACUGAAGUUUCUCCAUUGUGUGAAUGUCUGUUACAAAGACAGAAAAAGCUCCUAGAAGUGAGAGGAAGCAGUCACCAGUAUGGCACAGGAAAACAGGAGGACACAAAAAAAGAAGCCAAAGAAACUGAGAAGGCCCACCUAUUCACUAGAUCGCCCAAGUUCAUGCUCACGUCCCGUCGCUUCAUUCCCAAAGAGAGGCUGAUGACAGAUCAGAGGUUGAAGAGAAGACCAACUAGACAUAGGUCUCAGGAACAAGAAACUACCGCAGCCACUGCUGGAAGAAGAUCCUGUGACUCUUCUGGUAGUUGUGUUAGCCCACAUCACCUGAGGCACUUGACUCAUGAAAGUUCUGAAAAGCUGCAUUUGCCUCAGGAAGAGAGCUUCACCAACCACAGCCAGCUUGCUUUUGAAAGGCAGUUCCGGUCCUCAAAGCUCUGCCAGGAGAACAGAGAGGCUGUGAAGACUUUAGAGGCCAGACCACACUCCUGGACAGCGGCUCGGCACUCACAGGGUCCAGUGCCGGUGACAAGAAAAGUAAUGACCGCGGAGCUGCUGGGGAUGCAUCUGGCCUCCCUGCAUGGGGCAGCCAAGUCAGGCCUCCAGUGGUCAUAGAGUGUCUCCUUCACAUUGCACAUACAACACUCAAAAUACAGAGACUGCUGCUUUUUUCCAGGAAGGAAGCUAUUGCAAGAAAUAUCCAGAUAACAGCACUCAGUUUUUCGAGCUCUGGCCGUGAGCUAGGAAGUCUGUGUGGUGCUUUCGUUUCACUGAGGGGUUUAACAGCUAGACAGCUAUUUCAUCUCCCAGUACUUGUUGCUCAAAGGGGCCAUGAGCCUGGCUUGGGGCCAGACUGCAGCUCAAAGGUAUCAGGGCUUUAUUCAAGUUGAGGCCUGCCCACACUCUGGGGCACACUGUCCCCACAGAUGCUCAGGUGUGGCAUUGGGAGGCAAACUGCAGAGAUCUCCCUGGUCUGCUACUGCAUGUUGCCUCUCUUUGGGCACUUGAAGGGGUUUGACGGGGACUUCUCACCAAGGGGAGACUUCCUUGUGAGGACUACCUGCUUCUUGGAAAGCCUCUCCUCAUAUCCUCUAGGAACUUCGGCUCCCAUUUCAGUGGGGAAGAGAACUUGACUUCCUGAGAGGCAGAUCUGGUCACUAGGUAAAGAAGACAACCGAUGUACACUCUCUAGUCAUCAAAGUCCUAUGACUCAGAUCCCAAGGGCUCCUGUGUCCUGAAUCUGGCCAAGGGAUCAUGACUGUUGAGGGGUAGGGACAUGACACUAGCUGCACUUACUUACCCUGGUGAGGAUUAAAGUCCCCACAGCCCUGGAAGGGUGGAAGGCUUGUGUAGCUAUAGCCACAGGUACCUCAGAGCUUCACACUUGCUGGGUUGCCCCAGAUGUCAUGCAGCAGCUCUCCCCGACAUCAGUUCCCUCUUGCUUCUGCACCAACAAAACAUGCUCCGCAAACCCAGGAGAGCCGUAGUCGGCCUCCUCAGGAGGGUUGUGCCUGGUUCUUGAAAGCUCCCUGUAGAUAAGUAAAAUGCUGGUUGUUUUGGUUUUAUGUGCCAGAUAAAGGCUCUUUUCUAACCAGUGGGUUGUAGGUCAGUAUCUGGAGUCAGUAAAGGAUGAGUCUUUAAAAUAUCAAUCUGCUGUACUGUGAUUUUGCCAAGUGGUUAUAUUAAACAAAAAUGGGGAGAAUGGAAGAGCCCUGAGCCCCUUCUGGUUACUCCAGCUGCUUGGAAAAAGAUCUGUCGCCUUAGCAGUCCAAGUGACUCUUUGAAAGGAUGGACCUUUCCUUCGUUAUCUUCACUGGAGGAUUUUGUGUUUAAAGUCUUUUUCUUUUAAAAAAAUUAAUUAGAGUUUAUUCACUUUGUAUUCCCCCUGUAGCUCCCUCCAUCCUCCCCUCCCAAUCCCACCCUCCCUCGCCCUUCUCUACCCAUGUCCCUCCCCAAGUCCACUGAAGUCCUCCCCUUCCUUCUGAUCCUGGUCUAUAAGGUCUCAUCAGGAGUGGCAAUACUGUCUUCCUCUGUGGCCUGGUAAGGCUGCUCCCCACUCAGGGGGAAGUGAUCAAAGAGCAGGCCAGUGUUCAAAGUCUUAGUUAAAUAUUAAAAAAUUCAUAUUUCAGUAUUCAAAAGCCAAAUAAGCAGUGAGUAUGGCUGUGAUAGGACAGGGACAGGAUGUGAUUGGGUUACUGGAGCCGCAGGGCACAGAGCUGCAGCUAGCCCUGACCUUUGCACUGCACCCUUCCUUGUACAUCACCCCUUUGGUUUAGAAGGGCCAAGCAUAAUGCCUAUGCAGUUCACCCACCCACAAAAGCCACCAGUGACACCAAGCCCCAGAAGCCUGACAGAGAUGCCCAAAAAGCCCUGGGCAAGUUAGCGGGAGGGUUAGGCAGAUCUCUUGGCCCCACCUCACCCUAUCCUCCUGGCUUCAUUAUAAGCGACUUCUGAAGGUUAACUGUUAAAAGCCUUUCACAUAGAGGACCAAGCUUAGAAAGGAGUUACAUUCAUAAACUUAACCUUUAUUCUCUUUCUGUACAUGUUGGCAAUGAUAAAGCUUAAAGAUGCAUGUUCUAUGAAAUAUGCAAAACAAGGGAUUUACAUAAAUAAUUUAUACUUCAGAAAAUUAAAGUUGAAAAAUAUUCCCACAUUAUUAGAGUUCACAGUAUAUUUAAAGUAUAUCAAGCGUUCCUCAUAUUUCAAACUAUAUUGUCUUAGCAGAGAAUGAUAAACUCUAAUCAGAAUAAAACGAUCAAGUUUCUGCUUA